AUGCAAGCUGAAGGCUCACGGAAACUCCGUCAAGGUCAUCGCAAGUCCCGUAAUGGGUGCACUACUUGCAAGAAGCGUCACAUUAAGUGUGAUGAAAAGCGACCGGAAUGCGCCAAUUGUUCCAUUUCUGAGAGAACAUGUCACUACGUACCUCCACAAAAACGCAAAACUGGCUCUUCCCCGUACGAAACAGAACUCCCGACGCUAUCUGCUUUCCCAGCAGCCAGUGUAUUUGCAGAAUUGCCAGUUCCCUCACCACCGGAUCUACAUGAGAUCGAGUCCGACGACCUCUUUACUUUUGGCCACUUAAAUCUGCUCUACCAUGUUCAAGAACACAUGGCUGACUGGAUGAUGGUGACGGACCGACUUCAGCCACUCGCCAACGGCUACAUAACCACGGCAUUAAAAACACCCUAUCUAAUGAAUCAGCUUCUCGCUUUAUCUGCGAUGCACCUUAAGACUAUUGACAAACACACGGCCCAGUCUUAUAUGAACACCGCGACACACCUCCGCCAUCGAGCUCUCCGUGGUUUCAACAAGUGUCUUGACGAUACCUCCGAAUCAAACUCAACAGCUCAAUUCUUCUUCGCCUCCCUCUUGGCACUGCACUACCUCGCAGAGACUGUAGCAGGUCUAGCUGACCAAGAUUUUGCCACGACUCUCGACUGCAUGGUGAAUUAUUUUAGACUUCAUCGUGGAGCUAGAGUCAUGGGUGAGAGAGCGAGCACGAGCUUUACAAACUCGAGGAUAUCUCAGUGGCUGAUGGAUGCAUCGAAAGAAGGAUCCCAUGACUCACAUGCUACUUCUGCGGAAUGUGCAAUACUCGCUUCAAUGCUCGAAACAUCUGAACUCAACGAAGAAUCGAGAAAAGCCUGUGAGGAGGCGACUGAGGCUCUCGGGUUUGUGGUACGUCGCAUUCAAGGGCCCAACAGCUGGGGAGUACAUGGCUUGAUGGCGUGGUCGAACCUGAUCCCGUGGCGAUUCCUAACGCUUUUGGAGAAGCAAAUUCCCGAGGCCCUGGUCAUUCUAGCCCAUUAUGCCGUUUUGCUGCACCGCUUUCAUAUCUGUCACCACACGUUAGUGGCCACAUCGACUGCCAAUCACGCUAUUUACGCUGAACACGCCCAAUACGCCCAGCACGCCGCUAAAGCAAGCUGGAUGUUGGAAGACGCCAUUUUCGCGCGUCCUUCCAGGGACACAGAUGCUAUCAAAUUCAUGAUUGAGAAUGAGAGGCAGAAUUAUUGGCUACCAGAGAAAAAAGGUUUCAACUCCCUGCAAUUGAGAGCUGUUCCAAAAGAAUCACCCCAGCUUGGUCAGAUCUUGGUCCGCAUCAAAGCUGUCUCGUUGAACUGGCGAGAUGGUAUCGUCGCCAUCGGCACUUACCCCUUUCCCGGCCCUGAUGCUCUAGUUCCCGGAAGUGAUGGUGCUGGCAUCGUCGAAGCGGUCGGGGAGGGUGUGACCGAAUGGAAAGAAGGUGAUCGUGUAGUCGCCAACUUCACCCAAGAACACAUCGCGGGUCGUCUCACUCGAGAUGUCGGCUUAACCCAGUUGGGCGGUGAAGCACAGGGCCUUCUCGGGGAGUACUUUAUCUUUCCCAAGACAGGCGUGGUUAAGAUCCCCGACUACUUAUCCUUUGAAGAGGCUUCGUGCCUUCCAUGUGCCGCCUUGACGGCUUGGAACGCCUUGUAUGGGCUGACUCCUCUGCGGCCUGGCCAAACCGUUCUUCUACAAGGUACUGGAGGCGUUUCCACUUUUGCGCUGCAGAUAGCACACGCCGCUGGAGCCAAGACCAUUGUGACUUCGUCAUCUGACGAUAAACUGGCGAAAGCAGAAGAUCUUGGUGCAACGUAUGGAAUAAACUAUAACAAGACUCCCGACUGGGCUGCGGAAGCCAUGAAGAUCACCAAGGGCAAGGGAGUCGAUCACAUCAUUGAGAUCGGGGGAACUUUGACACUUCAGGCAUCAUUCGAUGCGAUCGGUUUCAAUGGACAGAUCCACUGCAUUGGGCACAUCACCAAUCCUGAUCCGUUGGGUGCUGGUAAAGACCUUCGAGGUCCUGAUGCGGCUUUCCUCGCGUUGGACCGUCUUUGUGUUGUUCGAGGUGUCGUGGUGGGAUCCCGAGAGCAGCUACAAGAUAUGCUGGAGUGUUUUGAGACGAACGAUAUUCGACCAGUCAUUGACCGCGUGUUUCCUUUUGAGAAGGCUAGGGAGGCGUAUGAUCACCUUUGGAGCUCCACACAUACCGGAAAGGUUGUUAUUCAGGUUCCAUAGACUAUUUGAGCAGUAGGCUUUUAUUGACAAAUGAAAUAAGAUUGAUCUUCU